AUCUCAACGUGGCCAUUCAAAAUGACAACCAUAUUAGCUACUUUAACGUUUGGUUUAAUUUUGGCCACUAGUGCCAUAAAUCCAAAAAACAACGCUUGUCCUAAGUUCAACCAGUACCCUCUGGCAACUUUGAACCCCAAAUGCUACGUAAACCCUGACGUUUUUUCGGAUGUUGUUCAAGUGGUCACAAGAAACGGGUACAAUGUUAAGACACAUAGCGUUGUAACCGACGACGGGUACAUUCUGACUUUGUUUGAAAUCUGGGGUAAAUUUAAGAAUGAAAGCAAGAACUUCACGGUUUUUUUGCAACAUGGACUUUUGGUACAUUCGGGGGUUUGGGUUAUCACAGGUCGUCGGUCUCUUGCAUUUUAUUUAGCCGAUCUUGGGUACAAAGUUUGGUUGGGGAAUAUAAGAGGGACUUUGUACUCGCAGAAGCACGUCAAUUUGACAGUCAACGAUCCGAAAUAUUGGAACUUCACUUUGGAUACGGUGGCGGCGAAAGACAUCAAAACCCAGCUGCGUUUCGUAGCUAAGACCAGUGGGCUGAAAAUUCAUUACAUAGGGUACUCGAUGGGUACUACCAUUGGUUUGAUGUUUCUGGCGUCUUCUGGCCAAGAAGACACCAAAUCGCUUCAGUCAGCGUCGCUGUUCGCUCCUGUUGCCUAUUUAAAUAAUAUCAUAGCACUUCAGUUGAUUGAAACGCCGGGUUAUCUAUUCACAAAAAUGUUGACGCUCUUGAAUAUUACGGGACUAUUUUACCAGGAAAAGUUGAUUCACAGGGUUCUAGUUAGUGUCUGCAAGCGAAUCCCCAACGUGUGCUUUGAACUUCUAAUAGAGGGAAUUUUUGGAAAAAGCACACAUUUUUCUAGUACCGACCUUCUGUUGUACUUCGGUUACUGGCCAGGUGGAGUUUCCGUUAACCAAAUUCAACACUACCUACAACUCAUCAAGUCUAGAAAAUUUCAAAAAUUUGAUUAUGGUCCCACGGAAAAUUUAAAGGAAUAUGGGACCGAAAAUCCCCCUACUUAUAAUUUAUCACGGAUAAAAUUACCAGUUUGUUUGUUUUAUGGAGAAAACGACGCUUUUUACAAAAAAGAGGUCAGCUUUCGUAAAAAAGCUCAACUGAAUAAGUUUUCAAUUUUUUUAGAAUCUGGAGAGACUGUACAACGAACUUGGUAGCUCCCAAAAAUGCAAAUACCCAAUCCCUGAUCAAACACGUGAUUACGACCACGUGGAUUUCUUGUUCGCGAAUUCGAUUCGCACGGACCUUUAUCCAAUCCUAACCGAGACUCUU